CCGAUUUAAAAGCAGACGAACGCUCCGUGUUAAAAGGUUCUCUGGCUGUUUUCUUGUCAUUGAUUCAAUAUGGUAAAAGGAAGAGCACUGCAUUUUGUCUUUAAAAUAGGCAACCGCAUAGACAAUGCAAAGUUUUAUCGGGAUAUUCUUGGGAUGAAGUAUCUAAGGCAUGAGGAGUUUGAUGAAGGUUGCAAAGCCUCAUGCAAUGGGCCAUAUGAUGGCAAGUGGAGUAAAUCCAUGGUGGGCUAUGGCCCAGAGGAUAAUUAUUUUGUUGUGGAGCUGACAUACAAUUAUGGAAUAGAUUCAUACAAACUUGGUAAUGACUUCAGGGGCAUUACAAUCAGCUCACCCACUGUCCUGAGCAAUGCAAAAAAUGCUGGAUACCCAAUGAAGCAAGAGAAUGGAUAUAGUAUCUUGGAGUCACCUGAUGGAUACAAAUUCUACAUCAGCAGCGAGCCAGUUACUGGAGAUCCUGUGCAGAAGGUGUCACUCUCGUGCUCCAAUCUUUCUAGAUCAGUUGAUUACUGGACAAGGCUAUGUGGGAUGAAGGUUUACUCCCAAGACAGUAAGUCAGCACUGCUGAGCUUUGAUGAUAACCAGUGUAAGCUGGAGCUUGUGGACAUAGGCCAGCCAGUGGACCAUGCCACAGCCUUUGGAAGGAUUGCUUUUUCUUGUCCCGCAGAAGAGCAACCGAAGAUUCAACGUGCCAUGGAAGAUGCAGGGCAAAAAAUUCUUAAUCCACUCUUAAGUCUGGAUACACCUGGCAAAGCUACUGUACAGGUCGUCAUUUUAGCAGACCCAGAUGGACAUGAAAUUUGCUUUGUUUGUGAUGAGGGAUUCAGAGUACUGUCACAAAUUGAUCCCAAAGCUGACCAACUUCAUGAUGAGGCAGUCAAGAAUGACAAGAGUAGUGAGUGGUUUGCCAAAAAAGGACUUGCCAAAGGGAAUUAGACUUGAAGUUCUUUGUGGCAUUAAUUUUAAAUCAAGGCAAAUGGAUAUCAAUCCUCAGUCAUCAAUGAGUUGCAACAACAAUGCAGUGAUUCUCUUAUAUAUAUUUAGAGGUUUAUAUUUUCAUGAUGAAAAGAUGGUAAUCAGAGACAUGUUUGAAUAUGACCAACAAGAAAGAAUAAAAGAUUCUGCUAGGCAGAAACGUAAGCAAAAUUAUGAUCUUUAUAAAGAUGACGUUUAUAUUUUGUUUGAAUAAAUUGAUUUAUUCCAAACUUAAGUGCGCUGAAAUGAGUUAUAUACUGGAAAUAAAUGUGAAACUUGCAUAUGCAAAAGCUUUCAUGUUAUUGUCUACAGUUUACAAUUAUUUUAGAUAUGCAACUUUUGUGGUUAAAAACUUUCAACAACAAGAGCCUUACCUUUCUUAUUUUGAGUCGUUUUUAUGUGGCAUCAUCAUCCCUUACUACCUACUACCUAAAUCAUACUACAUUGCUUCCACUACAGUCAUAAUGGUUACUUUUUCUGAGUUUUCAUGCUUAGAAGCAAAGCAAUGAAAAUAGUUCAACCUUGGAUAUUUUUAUUAUUUCAUGCAACAUAAAUUUUCCCGGAAAAUCCUAGAUUUGAUUCCACAUUCACCUGCAGAACAUAGCUGUGUUCUGGUGUCGUACACCCCUACAACCACACAACCAUUUUCCAAAGACGGUAAAAAUUAAAAAUAAACGCUCAUGAGAAAAAUACAGUGUUUUGUUUAUUCUGCUUAUAUUUUUUGACCACAUUAAAGUAUUUCAUCUCGCACA